UCUAACUUAGUCACUAUAUAAUAGGUAUCAUCGCAUUUUAAUCUUUUAGUACUCAGCUUGAAAAUUAAUCAGAAACAAUGUCAAGAACUUCCACUCUUCUCUACUACUGCCUAAUCUCCCUUUGCUCCAUCAAACUCAUAGAUGGAGCACAACUGAUUCUAGUGAACAAUUGCGGGGAAAGUGUAUGGCCAGGAAUACUAGGAGGAUCAGGCCAACAAACACCAAAAGACGGCGGAUUUCAUCUAGGCAGCGGCGACGAAGUAGUAUUAGACGUACAAGAAAAGUGGUCAGGAAGAAUAUGGGGAAGACAAGGCUGCAACUUCGACAACGACGGAAACGGCCACUGUCUAACCGGCGAUUGCUUCGGCAAACUCCAAUGCAAAGGCCUAGGAGGAAUUCCACCCGCAACCGUAGUCGAAAUGACAUUAGGAUCAUCAUCUUCACCAUUACAUUUCUACGAUGUAAGUCUAGUCGACGGUUUCAACUUACCUGUGUCAAUGAAACCUGUUGGAGGCGGAAUCGGGUGCGGUAUAGCUUCGUGUGAAGUUGAUCUGAAUGUUUGUUGUCCAUCAGCACUUGAGGUGAAGAGAAAUGGGAAAGUGGUUGGUUGUAAAAGUGCUUGUUUGGCUAUGCAAAGUGCUAGGUAUUGUUGCACAGGAAGUUAUUCUGAUCCAAAAACUUGUAAACCUACACUUUUUGCUAAUCUCUUUAAGGCUAUUUGUCCUAAGGCUUAUAGUUAUGCUUAUGAUGAUACUAGUAGUCUUAAUAGGUGCAGGGCUCCGAGGUAUGUUAUCACUUUCUGUCCUCCGCCGCAGUAACGGAUACGGCGAAAAGAAAAGAAGUUGAAGAUGCUGUCAUAGAAUUAUGUUUUCGGUUUAGUGAAGAAGUAAAAUGUAUUAGUUUUACUUGUGUUUUUAAUUUGCAUAGUUAUGUUUUUAAGUGUUUUUUCUUAUUGUUUUUCUUGAAUAGUUACUGUUCUUGAUUAUGAUAGUGUCACAGAGUUGUAAAUGUUGAAAUUGUGUAAGCAGUUUUGCAAGCAAACAAUUAUGUACAAUAAUGUUCACAAAAUAGAAAAUAUGGAAA